ACAUAGGCUGUCCACCGUGCGGACGCGCGAGGUGAGCUGCAGUGAGUCCGGAGCCUCCGCGUUAGUCCGGUUAGGGCGCAGGGCACGCGCGAGGAGCACACUUCAGCUGGACGGUACCGGAGAAAGCCUGGCAAGACUUUAUCGCUACCUGGCGCCGCGGCCGAUAACUUAAGGAAGUUUUCAAAGGAUGCAAUGCGAGUAGAUGCACGGGAGCUCCGGAGUAACAGCGGGUCGGGGCUUCCUUCGUGCACGAGAGGGAAGACCACCGUCACGAGAGACCAAGUCGCUCUGUGGGUAAAGCUGCGCGGACCCUCCGUCUCUGGGUUGGAAGGAUCACCGGCGCGGCGAUAGUGGAGGUGCGUGGGCUUCUCGUGGACGGGAUUGUGCCGGCGUGACAUUUUGGAUACCCGAGCGUGUGGGAUUAAAGGGCUGCGCGAGGGAGAGGAGACGCAGUUUGCAGCCCGAAACAAACAGCUGAGCCUGGACUACAGAGGAGUUCCGAUCCAAUAAGCAACAGUCAGAUGUUGGGCCAGGGUAUGGGGUUGCUGUGGGGAGGAGUUCUGGGGUGGUUUACACUCCUCUUCUUCUCCUACGGCUCCUCCACCGUCUCCAUCCUGUACCAGCUGCGUGAGGAGCGCCCGCCCAACACGCAGGUGGGGAGCCUCGCGUCCGACCAGGGCCUGCCCGACUCCGGCCACCUGUACAAGCUGGAGGUGGGCGCCCCUUACCUGCGAGUGGACGGAAAGACGGGGGAGAUUUACACCACCGAGAUCCCGAUAGACCGCGAGACGCUGAAGGACUGCCGCAGCCUGUUCGAGGGGGAGCCUUGCUACCUGGAGUUCGAGGUGUCCAUCACCGAUCUGAUGAAGGGCUCGGCCCCGCGCCUCAUCGAGGGCCGCAUCGAGAUCCAGGACGAGAACGACAACACUCCACAGUUCCCCUCCCCCAUCCUGUCUCUGUCCAUUCCCGAGAACACCCACGUGGGGGCACUCUUCCCCAUCCCGCUGGCCACCGACAAGGACGCCGGCACCAACGGCAUCGCGGAAUAUUCCCUCACGCCAGCCCCCGACACCGGCAGCCUUUUCAGCCUGCAGGUGGCCGAGAACUCGGACGAGAAGGUGCCCCAGCUCAUCGUCCUGGGCAACCUGGACCGUGAGCUGCGUGACUCCUACGACCUGAACAUAAAGGUGGUGGAUGGAGGCGAGCCUCCUCGCCAGAGCAGCGCGCUGCUCAGGGUCACCGUCACCGACACCAACGACAACGUGCCAAAGUUUGAGCGCUCGCACUACGAGGGCGAGAUGCCCGAGAACAGCCCAGUGGGCCACUCCGUCCUACAGGUGAAGGCCAAUGACUCAGACAUGGGGGCUAACGGUGAGGUGACGUACACUCUUUACCAACCACCCUCCACCGUGCAACGUCUCCUAAGCAUCGACCGGAACACUGGCAUCGUCUUCGUCAAGGGCUCGGUGGACCGUGAAGAAGUCAGCCAGCUGAAGUUCUACGUCCAAGCCAGGGACAAUGGCCCCCAGGCCAAAAGCUCCAAAGUCUUAGUAACCAUCGUGGUGAAGGACAAGAACGAUAACUCGCCGUCUAUCAGAAUCCGUGAAUUCGGCUUGGUGGCACACAAGGAUGGGAUAGCCAACAUCUCAGAGGACAUGCCAGUGGGCACGGCUGUGGCCCUGGUGGAGGUGUCGGACCGGGAUGAAGGCGAGAAUGCCGUGGUGACCUGCGUGGUGGCGGGAGACGUGCCCUUCCAGCUCCGCUCGGCCUCGGACACUGGGAGCAAGCGGAAGUACUUCCUCCAGACCACCACGUCACUGGAUUACGAGCGGAUCAAGGAGUACCGGAUUGAGAUUGUAGCUGUCGACUCGGGCAAUCCUGCCCUGUCCAGCACCAACUCCCUCAAGGUCCAGGUGACGGACAUAAAUGACAACUCUCCGAUCUUCUCCCCUUCGCUGUAUGAAGUGGACUUUUCAGAGGAGAACCAGCCAGGCGACAGAGUGCUGGACGUGGUGGCCACGGACGCCGACAGCGGCACCAAUGCCGAGCUGAUAUACAACAUCAUCUCAGACUCCUCCACCAAGGGGCUGUUCGAGAUUGACCGCAACACGGGAGAAGUCCACGUGAUGAACCAACUGGACCGAGAGCACAGGGAGCACUAUGAGUUUCAAGUGGAGGCCAUCGACAAAGGCGUGCCCAGUCUGAGGGGCACGGCGACGGUUAUGGUCAGGGUCCUCGAUCGCAACGACAACGACCCCAAGUUUAUGCUGAACGGCUACAGCUUCUCUGUGAUGGAAAACAUGCCCCCUCACAGCCCCGUCGGCAUGGUGACCGUCCUUGACGCAGACAAGGGCGACAAUGCUGUCGUGCAUCUGUCUGUGGAACCCGACAACGGCAAGUUCAUGAUCCAGAACGGAACGGGAACCAUCCUUUCCAGCAUCUCCUUUGACAGGGAGAAGGAGAGCACCUACACGUUCCGCCUGAAGGCUGUGGAUGGCGGCGACCCUCCUCGCUCCUCCUACGUAGGCAUCACCAUCAAUGUCCUGGAUGAGAACGACAACGCCCCGUAUGUCACCAAGCCCGCCAACUCCUCCUACAAGUUCCUGAAGCCUCUGACCAGCCCAGACACGCGGGUUGAGCAGGUCGAGGCCGAGGACAUUGACAUGGGCCUGAACGCUGAGCUGGUGUUCAGCAUCACGGGAGGGAACCCCCACGGGCUCUUCCACAUCUCCUCCACGGACGGCGAGAUCACCCUCGCCAAAGAGUUCACCCGCAAGCACAACGGCCUCCAUCGCCUUGUGGUGAAGGUCAGCGACAAGGGAAAGCCCUCCCGUCACACCACCGCACUGGUCCACAUCUUCGUGAACGAGACCGUCGGCAAUGUGUCCGUGGUGGAGUCGUUGGUCGGCCACAGCCUCUAUACACCCCUGGACAGGGACAUCGCCGGCGAUCCCGACUACAUGCGUGUCCAGCGCAGCAACAUCCUCUACGGAAGCCUGGCAGGAAUCGCGGGCGUCAUCCUGGUCAUCGUGGCAGUGGUGGUGAUCAGGCACCGCCUGCAGAAGGAGGCCAAAAGCGGCUAUCAGGCAGGCAAGAAGGAGACCAAGGACCUGUACACCCCUAAACAGGGGCCCAAGACUGGGAAGGGCAAGAAAGGGAAGAAGGGAAAGGCCCCAAAGCCAAGCAAACCCCUGGAGGAAGACGAGGAGGCCAGCCUUCAGAAGGGCCUCAAGUUCAACCUCAUGAACGACAGCGACAGCCCCAGAAUCCACCUGCCCCUGAACUACCCCCCUGGGAGCCCUGACCUAGGUCGCCACUACCGCUCCAACUCCCCCCUGCCCUCCAUUCAGCUGCAGCCUCAGUCGCCCUCUGCCUCGAAGAAGCACCAGGCGGUGCAGGACCUACCCGCCACCAACACCUUCGUGGGGACCGGCGACAACAACUCCACCGGUUCCGACCAGUACUCGGAUUACAGCUACAAGACCAACCCACCGAAAUACACCACCAAACAGCUCCCGCAUCGCCGAGUGACCUUCUCUACAGCCAAUCAGGCGCAGGAUCUGCAGGACGCCUCCCAGCACAGUUACUACGACAGCGGCCUGGAGGAGUCUGAGACCCCCAGCAGUAAGAGCUCGUCCGGGCCGCGGAUCGGACCCCUGGCCCUGCCUGAGGAUCACUAUGAGCGGACCACUCCGGACGGCAGCAUCGGUGAGAUGGACCACCCCGAGAACGAUCUACGGUCCCUCCCCGACGUGGCCAUGACAGGAAACUGCACGCGCGAGUGCACCGAGUUCGGCCACUCAGACGCAUGCUGGAUGCCUGGCCACGCCUCUCCCAACCGCGCCAAGGCAACCAAGGGUGGGGCCAAGCUCACCACCUUCGUGCCUUACCAGGAGAGGGAGUCGCAGGAGCAGCUGAUGGCCAAUGGCAGCCCCAAGCCCCUGGGGGAGGAGCACGUGGGGGGCGGGUCCAACAAGAUGGCUGGCGUCCGCUUCCUGCCUCCUUACACCAGUGCCUACUCUGCAGGUGGGGAGACAGGCAAAGACUGCCCCCUAGAGGAGAUCCCGCUAAGCCAGAUGGCCACCACCCCCUCCAGCCAGAGCUCCAAGAGGGAGAUCUAUCUGUGAGAGCUCUGGCCGGCCGGCUCUGGGCUCCGGCUGGGACCCACCUCUCACCCAAGCACCCGAAAAAGUGUGCUAGGUGUGUUCUUUACCCACAACCCCCUCUGCCUGUGGGAAGAAGAAUUGCCUCCACAGCCAGUACCAUCAUGUGAGCCCUGUGUCUGCUGGUCCGGAUGAGUCUAAUCUCCUGUUUCCUCCGUGCCGAACCCCCACGUUCGGAUCGCGGUCCCAGUUCCAAUUUAUGCUCUGUCGCUUAACACGACUUGGUUUAGAAGUCACGUACGAAUCUUUAUCGGAAGCGAACUAGCCAUCGUGCCAGUUUGUGAACACCGAUCGAAGGUAGCGCACUUUUCAGCUAAGCUUCUGCUCAAUGAAUGUAAUUCCACUUUUUAUUCUGGUUUUGUGAUAUUCUAACAUUCCUGCCUGUGUUUUAGUUUCUUUUCCUCUUAACUUUUUAGACAGCUUACAAAAACAAAACUCAAACCAUCAAAGGAACAGACGUCAGCUUAGCGUAACACAUACAACACUUAUACUUCGUGUACACGGAGCACCGUAGUUAAGGUGCCCCCUCCAUGUUUUCAUAGUUGUGUUCCACAGUAGAACACAACACUGCUGGCAGAUCAGAAAACUGAAGCAUGUACCCCCCCCCACGUCCAAAGGGCCGAAACAGGGGUGUGGGGGCUGGUGGUGUUCCCUAAGCACUCAGCAGGCUUUCAGCAGCAGACUUUACCAUGGGGGACGUUUCCCCCUCCUGUACAGUGAUGUAAAUACUCACCAUAGCCACCCGAGUCUGCAGCAGGAUGGACUGGCCUGAGCCGGUUUCCAGCAGUGGGCGGUACUGGAGCUCACCAGCCUGGACCCUGGACUGGACUCCGAGAGGAGAUCGGCUCUGUCUCCCCACCCCCGCCCCUCUUCGACCACAUCACCUUGGAGUGUUUUGGACUAAAACACUGGAGGCAAUCAAAUAGAAAGCAGCAGGUUGGCGUAAUGUGAUUUGUCAGAAGCCUCCGUGGCUCGCGCCUGGAUUGGACGAGGGCCGCCCGCCGUCCUGUGGGGAGCGGGUGGUUCGAACAGACGCUUUCCGCCGCAGACUCACUCUCCCGAGUCAGCGGAGAGCUGCGAUCAGGACAGGAAAACUCCGUGCAACAUGCGCUGGGCAUUUUGACUGGAGACUGCGGGAACUGUGCGACGAUCGAUGCGCAGGACUGCUGCGUCCCCUUAUGCUACCUGUGUGUGUGUGUGUGUGUGUGUGUGUGUGUGUGUGUGUGUGUGUGUGUGUGUGAAAGGAUGCUUCAGACACUCACAAAAAAGGAAAGACAUCGCUUUAAAAGCAGCAACACUACAAUCAGUGAAGUUAUAAUCAACCAAUCAGAACAGGUUAUAUUCAACCAAUCAAAUCACGUCGGCUCAUUAAAUCCAUGUUAAAGUCCAUUUGGAGUGGUUGACAUUGCAGAAAUCUUGCAUUGAAACAAAAACCGAAGGACCAGAACUCACGAGUGAAGUGAAACUCUUAGAGUUGCGUGCACACACACACUCACACAAGCAUGUAUACGCACGCACACACACGCUUUAAUAACACAUUUGCCAUUGCCUCAUUACUGACCAUCUCCUCAGAGUUCGUUUAAAAGCCUUAAUGGAGCUUUUUAAUGGAGAUGACAGUUGUGGCAAUACAGGCGAACAGAAGUUCCAGUCAGCUGGGAAGACGUAAGAUGACGCCACACGAUCUGUCAUAAGCAAUAUGAACUCAAACACUGUCAUCCCCCAUGCAGAGGAACUGGGUCUGUCGGCUGCCCGAGACUUUCCGGAGUGGAGGAAGGUGAGAUGUAAGCAAGGCAGCAUCUUGCUGCUCUCCCUACCUGCAUCGCAGCGCACACGCUAGCAAACUUGCUUCAUGCCAAACUCAUUGUCUGAUCAUUUAAAGAUCAAAUCCGUGACCCUCUGAUACGAUCCCACUGAGGUCUCCUCGUGGCGAAAUAAGCCAUUUGUCCCAGUGACAGGGCCAGUGGCCCAGUAACACCUGCACGCACACCUCCGGAUCUGGGAGAGACAGAGAGGCACGUUGAGAGGAAGAGAGGGGAAAAAGAGAGAGAGAAAGCAUAGAGAGAGAGAGAGAGAGAGAGCACGAAGGGAGAGUGAUCGGGGAGGAAUUGCGCAUAGGUAGGCGUGUUUGCGCUCCUGUUUCUUUUAAUCGUCCUGUUUUCUGCAGUGGCUGAUCCUCACACCCACAGACUGGCGAUGUCUAAGGAGCGAGGACGUGAACUCCUCCAGUGAGGCUCCUGUUCCCGCUGGGAAAAGCCCGAGUUUAUCUCUGGAGUACAACUGUCACAGAUACUGCUGGGUGAUAUCAGUCUGCGUGUGCGUGAGCGAGUGUGUGUGUGUGUGUGUGUGUGUGUGUGUGUGUGUGUGUGUAUUGUUUUGUUUUGUUUUUUUUAAUCUGCAUAUUGUCUUUAAAGUAACCCAGUUGUCUCCCUUACACAUGCUUGUGGGGAGUGUGGAAUGAUAGCUUUCCAUAUGUUUCUUAUCGGGCGCACUCAUGCAAUAUUCACAGUAAAAGACGGGAAAACAGUCCCUCUGAUGGCACGCGCGCGCGUGUGUGUGUGUGUGUGUGUGUGUGUGUGUGUGUGUGUUUACAUGUGUGUUUUCUCUUUUAGACUGACCUAGGCUAUUCUGUAAGGAAGACACCACUCAUCUUGAGAAUAGGGUGGAUGAGCUGAUGUCCUGGUUAUUUACUCCCCCUGUAGUAGGAAAAGUGUUCCAUGUCUCCCACAUUUCUGUCCAGUACACACAUUCAACUUAUUUCCAUUACAUUCAGAACUCUUGAUGCACACUGAGCUCAUACACAUACGGGAGAAUAAGAGCUUAACAGUGACUUAACUCACAGAGCUUAACCGCGGGCGACUACACGUGUAUGAUCAGCAUGGUGCGCUUGGGUUGUUUUAUGUAAUUGUAUAAAAUCAGAAUUCAAAGUGAUUUGUGCUCUGUGGACGCUAUCAGGCCAUUAUGCUUUGUAAUUUUUUUUUUUUACACCAAACAUUUUUCAUUACCAAAAAGCUAAAGACUGAAAUCAUGUGAAUCUGAGAGCAAAAUGCUCACUGUAAGUCGUUUCUAAAGUAUGUACUCCCCGGUUUUUAUAAGGUUCUACAUAGAAAUGUAAAUGACUUUUUUUUUUUCUAUUUUUACCAGAAAUUCCUUUUUUUUUAGUCAUUAGAAUUAAUAGCUCUGAAAAGCACCUUCUCUCUUGCCUCACCCUCCAACCUCCACCCACCCUGGAACAACCCCACCCCUCAUUCUGUCCACACCAUGAACGGGGCUCAGCUCUGCGUCACGCUAUUCUAAUGCUUUUGUGCUGAAUAAUGUAUUUGACUACAGGGUAGGCCACAAAAAUGAAUCAAACCUAAUGUGACUUAAGAUCUGAUUUCACUGUCACACGGAACCAUUUGGGUGGAAAGACUCAUGCUUCUUACAGAGGACCCAGAAGAACAGGAGAUAAACAUUUUAUACUGUUGUAAUGUCACAAUAUGUAAUGACGCUCUCCUCGCUUGGUAGAAGUAGAGAAUAAACAGCAUCUUUCUUUCCUUGGAAAGAGAGUCAGAGUGAAAUGAGGGGCCAUUUACUCGAAGGAGUGGAAGACGGCGGAGACCGACCACUUUAGACAGGACGUCUGCAUCAUACACCAGGUCUACAGAUCCUAGUACAUCUAUAAUACACCAGGUCUACAGAUCCUAGUACAUCUAUAAUACACCAGGUCUACAGAUCCUAGUACAUCUAUACACACCAGGUCUACGGAUCCUAGUACAUCUACAAUACACCAGGUCUACAGAUCCUAGUACAUCUAUACACACCAGGUCUACAGAUCCUAGUACAUCUAUAAUACACCAGGUCUACAGAUCCUAGUACAUCUAUACACACCAGGUCUACAGAUCCUAGUACACCUAUACACCAGGUCUACAGAUCCUAGUACAUCUACACACACCAGGUCUACAGAUCCUAGUACAUCUAUAAUACACCAGGUCUACAGAUCCUAGUACACAUAUACACCAGGUCUACAGAUCCUAGUACACCUAUACACCAGGUCUACAGAUCCUAGUACACCUAUACACCAGGUCUACAGAUCCUAGUACACCGAAACACCAGGUCUACAGAUCCUAGUACACCGAAACACCAGGUCUACAGAUCCUAGUACACCUAUACACCAGGUCUACAGAUCCUAGUACAUCUAUAAUACACCAGGUCUACAGAUCCUAGUACACCUAUACACCAGGUCUACAGAUCCUAGUACACCUAUACACCAGGUCUACAGAUCCUAGUACAUCUACACACCAGGUUCACAGAUCCUAGUAGAUCUAUAAUACACCAGGUCUACAGAUCCUAGUACAUAUACACACCAGGUCUACCUAUGCUAGUACAUCUACACACCAGGUUUACAGAUCCUAGUACACCUAUAAUACACCAGGUCUACAGAUCCUAUUACAUCUAUACACCAGGUAUACAGAUCCUAGUACAUCUAUAAUACACCAGGUCUACAGAUCCCGCAGAUCUGCAGAUCAGCUAAAGUGUCCACUACCAUCACCACCAUCUCCUCUACCACGUCUCCACUAUCUCCUCCACCACCACCACCACCACCAUCACC